AGUGAUGGAAGAAAAUUGUGGUGCAUUUGUAGCAGACUGCGUGGUUCUGUCAUGCUGCUGCCAGUGCCUUGUGCUACAAGUCACUGGCUUUGUCUUCUUCAAGAUCCCUCUGACACUUGUGAAGAAGGUGAAGAAGUUUGUGAAGAGAAGAUGUGGAAAGACCUUGCAACCAAGGAUGGAAGAGGAUGUCGUCAAAGAGGAGCAUUGGUGUGGAAAUGAGUUUGGCUUUGAAGAAGGCUCGUCAAGAUUUAAUUGCACUGAAGACAUUGAGGGAAUGUUGCAAGAACUGUCUAUGAAUGAAGAAUUGGUCUUUGGAAGCUUCUGGCGUCAUGAAGAUUCUUCUCACAUUCUAGAUGUCAAGUAG